AAGAAAGUUCUCUAUUGCUUUGCUUCUUGUUCACAUUUCGCCAUCAACAGGAAGGCUUUCUUUCUCUUUGAUCCAUCUCUAAUUCACUUCCUCCAUGUAUCCACCAAAGCCAGAUUACUACUCAUCGCCGCAGCCGGGGGCAGCCAUGCCGCCUCCGCCGAUGGCUGCUGCUGCAAACCAGUACUACCCGUCGGCUCCGAAUGCAUUUGCAGUGACUCAGGGGCCUCAGCCAUGGUCUACCGGACUCUGCGAUUGCACCGAUAACUGCGGCAACUGCUGCAUGACUUGCUUCUGCCCGUGCGUCACGUUUGGCCGGAUUGCAGAGAUUGUGGACCAAGGAGCAACUUCAUGUGGAACGAGCGGGGCACUGUACGCAUUGCUUGAGUACUUCACAUGCUGUCAUUGGAUAUAUUCGUGCAUCUACCGGUCCAAGAUGAGGACAGAGCUCAACCUUGCCGAGAGGCCAUGCAACGACUGCCUUGUCCACUGCUGCUGUGAAGCUUGUGCUCUUUGCCAGGAAUACCGAGAGCUCCAAUACCGUGGCUUCGACAUGGCCAUAGGGUGGCACGCCAACAUGGAAAGACGAGCACAGGGAAUGGCUGUACCACCGGUCAUGCAAGGCGGCAUGAUGCGUUGAAGGGUCUUCGAUCACACGGUCGUGGCGUGCAGAGCUUGUGAUUCGCAUGAUAAUAUGCCAUUUGAUUGCUUACGUGCAUGGCGUACGUGCAUGCCAUGUUACCAAACUCAGAACUUCU